AGUCAACGAGACGGCGGCGGUUGAGAAGAGGUAUUUUAGCCGUCACUUUCUAGUUUUGUCUUUUAUCCUCUGCUCAAGUUAAGAAAGUAGGAAGACGACAAACGAUAUUUGGCACUAGCUCCACGUUAGCUAUCAAACCGUUGGCCUUGAGCCAGGUGCCGGUUGGGGGUUGUUUGUUGAGGCGAUCGCACGGAGGCUUGCCGCGGCUGGAGCCCCCUAGGAGGUCCCUGGAUGGGCGACGUGGGGAAAUCGUCAUCCGUGGUUGCCGAUUACCUCAGAGCCUGCUUCUCCAAAUUGAUUUUGACCCCGCAGUAUAUAAGUCCACGAAGCAGCCCACCCACCCGCCAGCGGUGGAAACACCUGGCAUAUCCCACCGCCAUCGCCAUCGACUUCCGCCCGCCUCACCUGCAACCCCGUAACAGAAACCAAAUCCACAAUGCCUAGCGCUCUGGAGCAGCUCAAGGCCUCUGGCACCGUUGUCGUCAGCGACUCGGGCGACUUUGCCACCAUUGGCAAAUACAAGCCCCAGGAUGCCACCACCAACCCGUCGCUCAUCCUGGCCGCGUCCAAGAAGGCCGAGUACGCGAAGCUGAUCGACCAGGCUGUCGACUACGCCAAGAAACACGGCGGCUCCGUCGAUGAGCAGGUCGACGCCGCCCUGGACCGCCUUCUCGUCGAGUUCGGCAAGGAGAUUCUCAAGAUCAUCCCCGGCAAGGUCUCCACCGAGGUCGACGCCCGCUUCUCCUUCGACACCAAGGCCUCGGUCAACAAGGCCCUGCACAUCAUCGAGCUCUACGAGAAGGAGGGCAUCUCCAAGGAUCGCGUCCUGAUCAAGAUCGCGUCCACCUGGGAGGGCAUCAAGGCUGCCGAGAUCCUGCAGCACGACCACGGCAUCAACACCAACCUGACACUCAUGUUCUCGCUCGUCCAGGCCAUCGCCGCCGCCGAGGCCGGUGCCUUCCUCAUCAGCCCCUUCGUCGGCCGCAUCCUUGACUGGUUCAAGGCCGCGAACAAGAAGGAGUACGCCAAGGAGGAGGACCCCGGUGUUGCCUCGGUUAAGUCCAUCUUCAACUACUACAAGAAGUACGGCUACAAGACCAUCGUCAUGGGUGCCUCGUUCCGCAACACGGGCGAGAUCACCGAGCUCGCUGGUUGCGACUACCUCACCAUCGCGCCCAACCUGCUGGAGGAGCUCCUCAACUCGGAGGAGGCCGUCCCCAAGAAGCUGGAUGCCGACGCUGCCACCUCUCUCGACAUCAAGGAGAAGUCGUACAUCUCGGAUGAGGCCCUGUUCCGGUUCGACUUCAACGAAGACCAGAUGGCCGUCGAGAAGCUGCGUGAGGGCAUCAGCAAGUUCGCUGCCGACGCCGUCACUCUCAAGGACAUUCUGAAGAAGAAGAUCAGUGCUUAGAUAUCUUUUUCACGAUAAUUAGUCGGGUGGGAGAGCCUGGGGCUUAAAAAUGGGUUGCGAGUAGAACACUGUAUUUGCAGCAUUUUCCGUCUUUCGGCCUUCGUAUGAGAAACGAAUAGAAAAUCAAGUAAAAAAUCGGAAAAAAUAGUAAGGAUACAUUCAGGCCCUCUGUGUAGUGCUUGUUGUUAAUCAUUUUCACUGACAGGAGAUCUUUGCAGGUAGGCAAAUAUUUGGUAACGACGGCGGCGAUUCCAUCCAGCAGACCCCUCAACGCCAACACUUUGUGAUGCCUCUGCAUUUCCGGAGUUGGGAAUAGUAUCAAAGACACCGCUGUUGCUGUUUGACUAGAUUGUUACAAGACAUUAUUGCUGUGCUCAUUUGUGAUUUGUUCUACAAAUUUGUUGAUCGCGCUUCCGUUUCCGUCGUUCCGAACACACCCCGCAUGGCCAGGCUUGCCCGUCGUACCCCAAAGUACUCGGGGGUUGUUAGUCAAAUCAACCAGACUUGACUGUAAUUGGUCGCCAACCCCUGUUCGUGGGAGCCGUCCCAGAAACAAGCCCGGUC